AUGACCGAAAGCCCAAUUCGUCGCUUGAACGGCAUGAAAGCCUCAGCUCUCCCUCAACGUCGCACAGUCGCCCACUUUCUUCCCGACAACCCAGUGAACGGUGUCUCUGUUCAUCCCAAGGGCGAGAACGGAGUGGAUGACAGCUCCGAUACUGCCUCUACAGAAUCGCAAAUGAAUGGCAUUGAGGAACCAAAGCGGCCUACCAUGUCUCGCAAGGCUUCAUCGCCUAUGGCGCCCACAUUCAUGGUGUCCGCGCCGGGCAAGGUCAUUGUGUUUGGUGAGCACGCCGUGGUCCAUGGCAAGGCUGCCAUGGCAGCAGCCAUUUCCCUUCGUUCCUAUCUACUCGUCACCACCCUCUCCAAAUCGCAGCGCACAAUCACCUUGAAUUUCCGCGAUCUAGGUCUCAACCAUACGUGGGACAUUGACACCCUACCCUGGGACAAGUUCCACGACCCCUCAAAAAAGAAGUUCUACUACAGUCUCGUCACGGAGCUCGACCCCGAACUCGUCGAAUCGCUCGAGCCACACCUCCAGGGGGUCUCCAAGGGUCACCCAGACCGCAAAACCCACAUCCGCUCCGCCUCCGCCUUCCUCUACCUCUUCCUCUCCCUAGGCUCCCCCCAAAGCCCAGGCGCCAUCUACACCCUCCGAUCCACCAUCCCAAUUGGAGCUGGCCUAGGCAGCAGUGCCAGUGUCUGCGUGUGUCUCAGUUCCGCGCUGCUUCUCCAGAUCCGCACCCUCGCCGGCCCCCACCCAGACCAACCGCCUGAAGAAGCAGAGACCCAGAUUGAGCGUAUCAACCGCUGGGCUUUUGUUGGAGAGCUUUGCAUUCAUGGCAACCCCAGCGGGGUGGAUAAUACGGUGGCCGCAGGCGGCAAGGCCGUGAUUUUCCGUCGCUUCGAUUACACGAAGCCCCCGACUGUUCUGCCGCUGCCCACAUUCCCCGAGCUGCCCCUCCUCCUUGUUGAUACCCGGCAAGCGCGUUCCACAAAGACGGAAGUCGACAAGGUCAGCAACUUGAAAUCGGCCCAUCCUAUAGUGACGGAGUCUAUCCUCGAUGCCAUCGAUCAGGUGACUUGCUCGGCCCAACGCUUGAUCGAGGAUCCCAACUUCGAGGGUAUCUCUGAGGAGACACUCGCCCACUUUGGUACCUUAAUUCGCAUUAACCACGGCUUCCUCGUCUCUCUUGGUGUCUCCCACCCCCGUCUCGAGCGGAUUCGCGAACUCGUCGAUUACGCCGACAUUGGCUGGACGAAGUUGACCGGUGCAGGUGGAGGUGGAUGUGCCAUCACACUUCUCCGCCCCGAGGCCAAGGCCGAAGUUAGACAACAGCUCGAAGACAACUUCGCCAACGAGGGCUUCGACAGGUACGAAGUUACUCUGGGUGGCGACGGCGUGGGCGUCCUCUACCCAGCCGUCUUACGCAACGGCACAGACGAAGAGGGCGGCGAGGAGAUUGAUCAGCAAAAGUUCGAAGAAGCUGUAGGUGUCGAGGGCAUCAAACGUCUCGUCGGAGUUGGUGAGGGAUGGAAGUACUGGCAGCGGGCUACUACUCACUAA